CCUUAUCAUUCGAUGAUUAUCAUUGUCAUUUGUCACACGAUUUUGUUGUUUAUAAACAUUGGACAUUCGCCAUUCGCGGGUUUUCGAUUUGGAGUUUGGACACGAUUUGCGAUUCAAAAACUGACGGCUUACGACGAACCUCGACGGCAAUAUGGAUUUCGAGGAAUCAUUCAUAAACGCUCGGGACUUCGACAAUCUCGUAAAAGUGGAACAAGCGCAGGAGGUGAAAGAAACAACUACGACGACUCCACCACCAGUGACUAACAAACGAGGACGCAAGCCUGGAAAGAAGUCCAGCGACAAAGUGGAUAUCAGAGCCAAACUAGAGAGGAGCCGACAAAGUGCCCGAGAAUGUCGGGCAAGAAAAAAAUUACGCUACCAAUACUUGGAGGAGUUGGUGACAGAUCGCGAAAAGGCAGUCAUAGCUCUCCGACAGGAGCUGGACAAAUACAGAACGUGGUGUGUCGAAGUUGAUGAAGGCAGAAUCCCAGAAGGUUUGCCAGGGCUCUUGGACGAAUUAGGUGCUGUAAAACAAGAAUCUGCAGGUGGUGUACUUAUCAUGUAACAUUUCAUUAUUAUUAUUUUUAUUGUUUGUGCCAUUUUUUCCAUUACAUAAAUGUGGGUUUGUUUAUGUUUUUCUGAAGAUUUUCAAUUUAUUAUGUUAAAAUGUUUUAUAUUACAAGUAUAUGACAUUGUUUUGU